CCAGUGUUUGCAAGGACACCACCGUGUAAUCAGCAAAGCCAACCAUGGCCACCAUGACUUCGGGCUGUUCGGCCAAUGCAACAGUUUGUGAAGGUGAUUCAUGUGUGGCACCUGAGAGCAACUUCAAUGCCAUUCUCAGCACGGUCUUAAGUAUCGUGCUGACCAUCCUAUUGGCCUUGGUCAUGUUCUCCAUGGGAUGCAAUGUGGAAAUCAAGAAGUUCCUGUGGCACAUAAGGCGGCCAUGGGGCAUCUUCAUUGGCUUCCUCUGCCAGUUUGGAAUCAUGCCUCUCACAGGAUUUGUGCUGUCGCUGGUCUUCGGCAUCAUGCCCAUCCAGGCUGUGGUUGUGCUCAUCAUGGGCUGCUGCCCGGGAGGAACAUCUUCCAACAUCCUGGCCUACUGGGUGGAUGGGGACAUGGACCUGAGCAUCAGCAUGACCACCUGCUCCACAGUGCUUGCCCUCGGGAUGAUGCCACUAUGCCUUCUUAUCUACACCAAAAUAUGGGUGGACUCUGGGAGCAUCGUAAUUCCCUAUGAUAGCAUAGGUACCUCCUUGGUCGCUCUAGUUAUUCCUGUUUCCAUUGGAAUGUUUGUUAAUCACAAAUGGCCCAAGCAGGCGAAAAUCAUACUUAAAGUUGGGUCAAUUGCAGGCGCAAUCCUGAUCGUACUCAUCGCUGUGGUUGGAGGAGUAUUGUACCAAAGUGCCUGGAUCAUUGAACCCAAGCUGUGGGUUAUAGGGACGAUAUUUCCUGUGGCUGGUUACUUGCUAGGUUUUCUCCUGGCUAGAAUAGCUGGACUGCCAUGGUACAGGUGCCGAACAGUUGCUUUGGAGACGGGGAUGCAGAACACGCAGCUGUGCUCCACCAUCGUGCAGCUCUCCUUCAACACUGAGGACCUCAAUUACGUGUUCACCUUCCCACUCAUCUACAGCAUUUUCCAGCUUGCAUUUGCAGCGAUAUUCCUGGGAAUUUAUGUCACAUACAAGAAAUAUCACGGGAAGAAUAAUGCAGAAUUUUCAGACAGCAAAGACACCAAGGCAGAACCCGAGUCACCAUUUCAGCAGAUGAAUGGAGGAUUUCAACCAGAGAAGUAGCUACCACAUGGACAAAGAAACACCAAACAUGUUUAAGCUAUAACUGUUUAAUGACUUGUUUUCGUAGGAUAGUUAGUAAGAAAACGUUAAUGUAAAAAUGUAAUUUCCGUUGACUGUCAAUAUUUUGUUUUGGGGACAAAGUGACUGAUGGUCAAUUCCUUGAUGAUGGAAGCAUUGUUUUCACAUAUAUGUUCCACAUAUGUAGUCAUCCACAGGGAAUUGGAUCUCUCUGAUGGUAUCAAAAUCCACUAAUGCUAAACUCUCCUUCAUAGCAUGGUGCACAAUUCACAUAUAACUUCCCAUGCACUUUAAGCCCUAUCUAGAUUGCUUAUGACACAUAAUAUAAUGUAAGUACUAUGUAAAUAUUUGAUGUACUUUAUUGUUCAUGGGCAAACUUACUCAUUGUUUAUAUUUUUUCAAAUGUUUUCAGUGCUGGGUUGGUUUUAUCCACAGGUGCAGAACCCACAGCUAGGGAAUUCCCACUGUAUUUACAAGGCCACUGUCAGUAAAAUACAAGAGGGCUUCAAAACUUUCACUGGACAUGCAUAAUAUGAAACACUGUGUGUGAACUUUGAAAUGUUUUUACACCAAAAUUAAAUAUCUUUCAUUUAAUCUUCUAUACCCUUUUUGAAGUUGCCUUGCAGUCUUAAAAACAGUGCAGGAUUAAACCUGAUACUGACAAUCUUAUAAUACCUACCCUGAAUUUGCAUGCACUCUUGUAACCUACCAAAAAGCACCUGGCUUUUUGUAUAUUAAAAUGAAUGUAAUGAAUUACUUUGUAAUCUAGACUUUUUCCAAUAAAUAAUUGUAAAACGGGAACACCAAUGCCUUCCAUUGGCAUUUUACUCAUUAUUUUUAAAAUGUUGCUCCUUAUUUAUUUAAAUAUAACUGUGGAAAAGCAUGGUUAAACACUGACUUCAAUUAAAAAACAUCUUUCUUUAGUGACAGCCCAAAAGCAGAAAAGAAUGAACAAUGUUAUUGUGAAGAAUUCAAAGACUAAAUUGGACCCAAGUUCUUGACUGCUCAG